AUGGUUCCGCCUCGGCGCGAGAACUCCUCUCUUCACUCGAUUGCUCUCAGUAACGACAACCCGCUUAUUAUAGCGAUGGGGGCCGCAUAUGCCCGCCCGGCCGAGAUGGACGGACGGACGCUCGGCCGACCACCACCACCUCCUCCUCAUCAACGCUCGCACAUUCAUCGACACAUGCAUGACAAUCGAUGCAUCACACACACUCACCACGAUGAGGGAAUGAUUACUGGCGGCUACUGA